UACUAUAUACUGUACUCUGUAGAUUAUCAAGCUCUGAUCUAGUGACGGUCCUGGACAAGAUUCUCCCAGUAGUGAUGAAUAGAUUUGCUGACACUAAUACAAGAAUACAGUCAUCUUCUAUGAGAGCAAUACUUGAUCUUGCUGCUAUACCUGAAGUGAAGCCUUUGCUGGGGCAUUAUCUCUUAAGACCGUUAGCCCAAGACAAGACUAAGAGUUUAGACGAUGGAAGCAAGCUGACAAUAUCAAUGGAGACUCAGGCUAGAACUGUCACUUGGCGUUAUGCGAAAGGAAGGGUAGAGGUCUUGCAAGCAUUUCUGGAGGUAGUCGAUUUAGGAACAGCGCAUAUGACGAUUCCUAAAAUAAUGGAAUUUGUGAAUAUUUCCUUGCAACACAAUCACGCUAAAGUGAGAGAAGCUGCUGCACAAUUGACUGUCUAUUUAUAUAAAGAAUAUCGGGAUGGGGCAAUACGUGAGCUGUUGCCAGUAAGCAGUAGUGAUCACAUCGCAAUGAAGAAUAUAUUUUGGAGGACACUGUUCCAUCAGCUUGAUGAAAUUGAUGGCGUUGUACACAUUGCAGGACAAGAAAGUUUUGAAAAAGCAAAGAAAAUGAAACAAAAAAGACUCAACAACUUGAAAGGUGAAUUGGAUGCUUUAAGGAGCCUUGCUCAAGCUACUGGUCAAUUGCCAGCAUCAGAAGACAGUGAGGAAAUAGCAACAGUCACUGCACAGACUCGAGUUAUUGAUUCUGCUACUAUUGAACAGACGUGUCCUUUUUGCAAGAGCAGUAGGCCGGAGUUUAAUGUGAAAGCUCACAUGGACGAGCAUUAUGCUGCUGAGUGCCCUAUGUUACUACAGUGCAAGAAAUGCACACAAGUAAGUAUAUACAUGUACAUGUACUGUACAAGUAUCAAAAAUAGUUAGCUGCCUUUAUUAUUG